UCCGCGGCGGGGGAAAGAGCAGGGGCAAGGCGACGGCGAGCGCGGCAAUGAGCAGCGCCACCGCCAACAGUUACCCGGAGAGCGUCGGCUCCUGCCGCCCUCCGUCCCCACCGACUCCGACUCCCCCUCCCCUUCCGGCGCCGGCAGCCCACCGCGGCGCCCCCGUGAGGCGGCAGCUGGACUUCGCCGACGCCGGCGCUGGCGCCGGCGCGGGUGGCGACCUGGACCUCGACGAGACCUUCCUCAGCGUCAUGGACGACAUUGAGCGGGGCUACAGCGAGGCAAAGCGGCGGGCCCCGCCGUGCGUCUGCCGGCGCGGCGAGUGCGCGGUGCGGCAGGACGAGCAGAGCGGCCGCUGGAUGUACGUCUGCUCGUCGCAGCCGAAGUGCAAAUAUGUUGCUCUAUGCGAAGAAGUUAGUCUUAGUCCUCGACCACAACCUGCUGUUAGGAGCAAUCCUAAACCAAGCAAUCCUUAUGUGCACAUUCCAAGCAAUCAUGUGCCUGAACCUGCAACACCAAUUAAUACCAUUAAACUCCGAGGUGCCGGUGCUACAACUCCGACUAAUGUCAACCCCCAGGCUCCACUUAAUUCCACUUUCAAAUGCCCUGGCACUACAACUCCAGUUCAUGUUAGUGGUGCUACAACUCCAACUGAUGUUAUCCCCCAGGCUCCACUUAAUUCCACUUUCCAAGGUCCUGGCACUACAACUCCAGUUCAUGUUGGUGGUGCUACAACUCCAACUAAUGUCAACCCCCAGGCUCCACUUAAUUCCACUUUACAAGGUGCUGGCACUACAACUCCAGUUCAUGUUAGUGCACAAGGUGCAGGUUUUGCAGCUGUGGUUAAAGUUAGCCCCCAACAGCCUAGAUCCAAAUAUGCAUUGCCAACCUGCAAGUGUACAGCAGGGAAAUGCAAAGUACUGAAAGUGGACGGUGAAGAGUGCUAUGUAUGUCCUAUACCCAAGGGACAAGGGGCAUGCAGUCACAAGGUUCCAGUCCAUGCCCAUGCUGUUGCUAAUGACCUAUUACAAACUGGAGAUGACAACACAGGAGGGGAUAAGGAUUUGAAGGACAAGCCUGCUGAGAAGGAAGCCGAUGGGAACAACGUAGUUCAAUUGGGAGACAACAAUGCAAAUGGAAAGGUCAAUCCCACUCAUGCUGAAGACAACGAGUGGCCGUUUGAUGUCGUUAAUGAGGAAAUUGUGCCCACAGCUCAGGCAACACCCCACGCUGAAGUCCAUCAGGGAUCACCAAGAAUGCUGCGCCAACCAAUUGCCACGGAAACACCCACAAAAUCACCCAUGCCACCUUACGGUACCCGCAGCCCCAUGACUCCACGCUCAGAUGCAUUCCGAUGCCAUGAGAAGGGUCACUAUAUCAGGGACUGUCCUAAGCCAUCUCCGACUCCAAGAACCGCUUGUUUCUGUUGCGGCAUGGACGGUCACUGGAUGAGAAAUUGUCCCCAACAGCGAGGGUCUUGAUGCAUGUGGUGAACGGAUCAUCCCACUCUGCCUCUGGGCUAUGUGCCUCAGAGAUCAGGGCUCAGGAGGACCAGUAGCAUGCUCCUGCUUUUAGUAGUCUUACUAAUCCGCUCUUGCAUGGUAGUUAAAUGUGUGAUAUAUAGAGUGAGUUAGGCUGGAGACACGGCUAAAAGGCCCCCUAAUACGUCUGGGCCCAGUAACUGCUUAGUUAAUAACUUAUUGUAGGUCGUUAAUAAUUCGUGUCUAUUGUGUAUAUAUGUGCUGUAAUUGUAAUCCGUAAGUACGUAGUACCUUUUUAGAAUGGGCUGAGAAGCUGUAUCCUUGGAUCCUUGGCCGCUGUUCUUCACUCGAGUCCAUGAUCCAUCUUACUUAACUGUUGUUCA